UCUCAAUAUUUACAUUUUUUUGCACUCUCAGAUUCCUGAAUUUUAAAAGGUUGUAUCGCAAAAACAGAUAUUGUCCUAUUUUAACAUCUCAUUCAUCAAUAGAAAGAUUGUUUAUUCAGCUUUCAGAUUAUGUACAAAUCUCAAUUUCGAAAAAUUUACCCAUAAGAUUGUUGUCCAGGAUCACAUAUAUUUAUUUACAGAAAAUGAAAAUUGGAGAAACCGGUCAAAAUAACAGUAAAGAUGCAUUGUAUUUUUUCAGACCUCAGAUACUGCAAAGAAACAAGUUUAUAUUCACUUUGAAGCAAUACGACAGUAAAAUUAGUACAUUUAUUUCGAAAGAGUUCAAAAUUAAGGUUUGAUGUGAUAAUCUCUUUUACUUUUUUAUGUGAAAACACAGUUUUCAUGUGUUUCUAUCAUGCUGUCUUUCACAUUGCGGUUGGAUGACUUUAUAUAACUCCUGAGGUUUGAUUCUGUUGAAAUUCAACAGACACUGGACCGGAAUGGCCACAGUACAUCUUGGAAUGGUCUCUUAAUAUUUCCCGCGGCUGUAUAUGUGAGAUUGAAAAAAUUAAAAAGCUGAAUUCAUGUUUUGAACUGGUCUAUACAAGUAUAUAGUAUAUUAUAUAUAUUCCAGAGUGUGAAAAAAAGUUACAUAUUUCAUUUCCGGGAUAAGCAACAUUUGUCACUAGUCAUAUAGGCUAAUUUACAUAAACUAACACACAAACAGCGUCCUAUCUGGAUAACUGUUCCUCAUUCUUUUUUAUUUCUUUAUUUUAUUAAAGCUCACCGUUAACUCCCUGCGGUCCCCCGACCUGAACAAGUACUGAGGCAGGAGUAUCUGCAUAAGCUUUGAUGCUCAGUUUCAUAUUCUCUAACAUUAAAAAUGUGCAUAUUAUAACAGGCUUUUUUUCCCCGUCCGCUCAUGUUAUACACAGUGUUGAAGACAUAGGGUUGCACAUGAGAUCUUCAACCACAUCCUCCAUCAGACCAUUAGUACAGGUAUUUCUUGAUCUGUUGCCGAUGUAAAAGUUGUCUUCCUUACUUUGUUUUCUUCUCUUACACCUCAGUUAGUACCUUUGUUGCUGUUUUUUCAAACCAAAGUGAGAUGCAAAGAUAAAGACAGAGAGGGAAUUUGGAAAUGAGGGCAUGGUGAUGAAAGGGGAAGGGAAAGAGUCAGCUGGGAAGGAAAAAAAGAGUUAUGGCAGUUGGUUUAAGGAUCUUCAGUGACAGUGUGGCAGACAUGAAAACCCAAGAACAUCGUCCCAGCCCUCUGAAAUCACACAUGCAGAGUGACACACGGCCCCAGUCCCACAUGAAGGGUCUCCAAUUUCGUAGCAUCGCCCCCAAAGCCCCUGCAGUAGUUCCAUCAUCUGGAGUUCUGUCCUGCCAACCUCCCUCAGCCCUUCCAGAAGCAUCCAUGGCCGUCAGUCCCAAAUCCAUCCUGGUCCCUGCCCAGAACUAUGCCCUCAUGCAGGUGGCCGGACAAGAGGGGACCUUCUCAUUGGUGGCCUUACCUCAGACACAACAGCAACAGCCAAUCCAGAAGAACCUUAAACUGCCUAUCCCCAGAUACCAACCAGUGAGGAGCAAAAGCACACCAGAAAAAGCUAACAGCAAGAGUCCAGCCAAGGUUUUGGCGGCCACAUGGACAGAGCAAAGUCCAGACCCACCAUCCGAGCAGCUUGUUUUGAUUGACGCAGCUACAUCAUCCGAAGUCUGCAUUGCACCCUUGAUUCCAAGUUCACAGACAGACCUACAAGUGGAACAAAAGAGUGAUGAGAGUACACUCAACAAUCUCUGCUACCCUUCCGGAGCCUCCAAAACCACUCUUGUUGCCCCUGUCAAUAAUCUAAAAACCCCAAUAGAUGGUCCGGUCUCAUCUGGCAGUGGCAUCACGGUGCUUUCUCCUAAUAUCUUUAGCAAAGCUGUUCAUAUCAUUCCAUCUCCCCCCAAGGGCAAGCUGCCCAUUCUGCCCUAUGCCAAGGUGAAGAACUCCCUCCUGGCACCGACCAGCCUCGCCAACACCGUAAUCACAGAGCAGACUGUAAGUAGAUCCAAAAACAGACCUAAAAGCCACGCCAAGACCACAGACUGCCAAGACUCCAACAACAUCCAGUUGAAGAAGCCUCCAGGCAAGAAGCGAGGGAGAAAGAGGAAAACCGUAGAGGAUGUUCUAGCCUUCGAAGCCAGAAAGAGAAGGUCCUUGUCGUUUUUUCGAAGGAGGGCGCCUGAGAAACCUCUGGUUUGCAUGCAGAGUUCGGCCUCUCCGGAGACAUUGCUUGACAUAUCGAAAAAGUAUAGAAGCAUUCGUCCCAAGCCGGUUCUGUUGAUGGACACCACUCUCCCACAACUUGUACCACUUCCUUCCUUGUCAACAUCGGAGAAACCUGAUCAAGACUUUGUGUUAGGACAGCAGAUAGCAGGAAAACCACUAGGGGCUCCUGUGCUAGAUGGCAAAAGUGGAGCAGCGGUGUACGUAGGAAGUCAUUCGCUUCAUCGCUGUCCUACCUGCAGCAGGUGUUUCCAAUUCAAGCAUCACUUGCAGAGCCACAUGAACAGUCAUAGUAACCUCCGGCCUUACGUCUGCCCUGUAUGCAGGAAGGCUUACGCUCACUCGGGCAGUCUGAGCACGCAUAUGAAACUUCACCACGCGGAAUGUAGGCCUCGGAAGAGCCUUUGCUGUGAAUUCUGUGAGAAGUCAUUCGGCUACGUCGGGGUCUACUUCAGCCAUUUGAGAGAGGUCCACAGAGUCAUACUCACGGUAGAGCCGUCCAUCAGUCAACACGAGGACAACAUGCCUUUGGAAGAAUCUUUAGAAGCCGACAAACAGGCCUUGGAACGUGUCGACCCAGUCGAGCUACAGAUCAAAUGUGGCCGCUGCCAGGCCAUUACACCUACCUUUGCCGACAUGAAGCUGCACUUGCUCUAUGUGCACGGCGAGGAGGUGCAACGGAGGGACGGGUCUAUGCCGGGGGGGCGCGAAGCAGAGGACGAGCUGGUCAAACACGCAGCGCAUUACUGGAGGCAGCUUAAUGAGAAACGCAACCUGGUGCACUGCGGCACGUGCGAUGAGGAGUUUUUCUCAUUUUCCAAGUUCAAGCGCCAUCUCAACUCCCAUCAUCAAGGGGCUAAAGAGAGUCAAGAAGAGGUAGGGAAGGAAAGACACACAUUACGAGGUUUGAGUAAAGGUGUAACUUUGAGGGUGGGGUCUCAGUUUAACUGCAUCCUUUGCAGUAAGGUGUUUAAUAAGAAACAAGAUGUUAUGGAGCAUUGGAAAGCACAACACAACUGUGAAAACCCUGAAAUUCUGUGGGAUGUACUGGACUGUACAGGGGUGAACAUGUCCAUUGAUGGGCCAAAUUAUUAAAUGCAAAUGGGUAAUUUAUUCGGUCUGUGGCUGUGUGGUUCAUGCAAGAUGUAGUGACGUUGAUGCAAAAACAAUCCACGUAUUGAUUCGCUCAUUACGCUGGUUUCUUUAGCACUGCUUUUUUAUAUGAUCACAGAUGUUUGUAAUGCUUGAAUUUUGUAAUGUUUGUUUUUUAUGUCUCUGUUUUGAUGUGGUUUUUAAUGCAUAGCAACAGUAUACAAUACAUCAAAAAUCAUAUAUUGUAAUUGCCCAGGUCCAGAGGUAAUAUAAAUGCCAGCAAAUUGAGUACCGAAGGGUAAUAAUCAUAAUUUCUUGUAAGGUUUGGGAAGACAUGCUGUGCGGGUAAAUGUUUCGGUUGAGUGAAUCAGACUGAAAAAAGCAGGCUCUUUAAAAACACAUUUCCACUCAGACGAAUUCACAACUCGCAAAGAUUAGCGUGCUUAGCAUCUUUGUAACUAAAAAAUUAUUAGUAAAAUUUUAUGAACACGCAUACAUAAUCGCACAAUUCGAGUCGCAGCAUAAACAAUUCGGGAAUAUUUUUGCCGAGUUAACAUUUUCAGCCUUUGGCAGCUAUUCAAAAAUAUGAUUUCAAAAAUAUCCCCAAAAAUGUUACUCAGUUUGGCAAACAUUUAUCUGUUAGGUUGUUAGGUUCUUUUGAAUUUGUGUAUGCAUUAUAAAUGUUUACUGUUGUAUUUUUAAAUGCAGAUGUUAUAUAUUUUCUCUUGGUAAAAUGUGUAAUGAUUUGAUUAUGGUUGUGUAUCCAUUCAUGAAAAAUACUAUGACAGGGUAAUAGAAUGUUUAAAGACCCUCCCAUUUGUUACAUAUGUAUACUUGUAUAGAUAGAUUCAAAAUAUAUUAAAAAUAAAUAUAUGCAGCUGUAUAUGGAGAAUAUAUAUUUACACAGAAGUCAUCUUUCACCAAUUAUAGGACUGUUUUAUUUACAUGCUAAAUGUCUUAAACUGCCGCUUUAACUUCACCACUGAUCUAAAGUUUACUCACACUUCACUGAAUUUGAACUUGUAUAGAAUCUUAACAUAUUUUUCAGUUAAAGGCUUUUGAUUAAAUGCUUAAAAAUUGUUUUGUAAAUACAUAAACAGUGCCUAUGUGUAGGUUUUCAAUUUAAUCUUUUUAUUAUUUAUGGAUUCUUUGAGAAAGCUAAAAUAUACAAUUGUUCUGAUUUAACAUUUAUCAAUAAUCACAACCUUAUUUCCGUAUUUGUGAUAUCUUAAUUAUAAAUUGUGGAAGAUAGUCAUAAUAAAGAAUAAGUAAGUGUGUCCAAACAUCUGAGUGGUAUUGUAUGUUCUAUAAACUUUCAUCUGCUUGAAAAGGUGCUUAUUAUGAAUUUAUGAGUUUACUGACAUUGACAUUCUUUAAAUGGCACAAAUGUAACAAUACAGAUUUUGCUUUUGGAGGAUUUUCCUUUCAGUGAUUUCUCAUAAAAAUGAAGAAUUCAAUAAAAUAUAUGUUUAUAAUGUGAUCUAAUAAAAAAGGAUUAAAAGUUUCAAUGGACAAAACAUUUUAACCUAUCCAGAUUUUAAGCUAUACGCCUUAACACUCUAUUUGUUCAGUUUGUUUAGCAUAACAAGAAAAUGUUUGCAUUUAAAGUGUCUGAAGAUAAUCUUUUCCCUCCCACUGUGAUAUUUCAAUGUGUCUGUUAAGCCUCAGAUACUGUAGCAUCCCUACAUCAUUCAUUACUGGUGCCUAAAUAAAAGAAAGAUCUAA